UCGGCUGAGGUAGCGGCGGCCGAGGAGGAGGAGGCGGUGGGCACGGGGGGCUGGCUCGGGCGGGAGAGGCGGCGGCUGAAGCUGAUGGGAACGGGCCGGCCCGGGGCGCCCAUGGAGCACCAAGGGAGGGCCGCCGCCGCCGCCGCCGCCUCGGCCGGCACCCCCCCGGGGCCGCCGGCCUCCGCGUCGUCCUCGUCCGGAGAGCCGGGGCCCGGGGGCCCGGCGCUGGAGCCGCGGCGGCGGGAGCCCGCUCGACGUCGGGCCAGCAGCACCUCGGCCGCCUCCUCCUUGUCCUCGCACGCCGCCGGGUCCGUUGACAGCCAGUGCCGGGGAGCGGCGGGCGGCGUGAACCGGGAGCGGCCGGGCUCCUACAGCGGCGCCACGCACGCCACCCGCCAGCGCCUGGAGAGCCUCAAGAAGAACCGGCCGCUCUUUCCGUGGUUUGGCUUGGAUAUUGGUGGAACCCUGGUCAAGCUGGUUUAUUUCGAACCCAAAGAUAUCACUGCUGAAGAAGAGGAGGAGGAAGUGGAAAGUCUUAAAAGCAUUAGGAAAUACCUAACCUCAAACGUGGCGUAUGGGUCCACAGGCAUUCGGGAUGUCCACCUUGAAUUGAAGGAUCUGACCUUGUGUGGACGUAAAGGCAAUCUACACUUUAUACGAUUUCCUACUCAUGACAUGCCUGCUUUUAUUCAAAUGGGCAGAGAUAAAAACUUCUCAAGUCUCCACACUGUCUUUUGUGCCACUGGAGGUGGAGCGUACAAAUUUGAGCAGGAUUUUCUUACAAUAGGUGAUCUUCAGCUUUGCAAACUUGAUGAGCUAGACUGCUUAAUUAAAGGAAUUUUAUACAUUGAUUCUGUUGGAUUCAAUGGACGGUCCCAGUGCUAUUACUUUGAAAACCCAGCUGAUUCCGAAAAAUGUCAGAAGUUACCCUUCAACCUGAAAAAUCCAUAUCCUCUUCUUCUGGUGAACAUCGGCUCUGGGGUUAGCAUCUUGGCAGUAUAUUCCAAAGAUAAUUAUAAGCGUGUCACUGGUACCAGUCUUGGGGGAGGAACCUUUUUUGGUCUUUGCUGUCUUCUGACUGGCUGCACCACUUUUGAAGAGGCUCUUGAGAUGGCGUCUCGUGGAGAUAGUACCAAGGUGGAUAAACUAGUACGAGACAUCUAUGGAGGGGACUAUGAGAGGUUUUCCUUGCCAGGCUGGGCUGUAGCCUCCAGUUUUGGAAACAUGAUGAGCAAGGAGAAAAGAGAGGCUGUCAGCAAAGAGGACCUGGCCAGAGCAACUUUAAUCACCAUCACCAACAACAUCGGCUCGAUAGCCCGCAUGUGUGCUCUUAACGAGAACAUUAACCAGGUGGUAUUUGUUGGAAAUUUUUUGCGAAUUAAUACCAUUUCCAUGAGACUUCUUGCGUAUGCUUUGGAUUAUUGGUCCAAGGGGCAGUUGAAAGCACUUUUUUCAGAGCAUGAGGGUUAUUUUGGAGCAGUGGGCGCUCUCCUAGAGCUGUUGAAAUUACCCUGAUCUGUUGUCUGAAAUUACUACCAGAGUCUUCCACAACCACAAUGGAAUAUGCAGACUUUUUUCCCUUUAAAAAAAAAAAAGAUGUAUUCCAGUGGCUUUUGUAAUAAUAGAACAUGACCUGAAUCAAAGUGAGAGAAAGGACAGAAGUAUUUUUUAAGUUGUGAAGAAAAAUCUUGAGUUAUGCCAAGAGAAACCUCUGAAAAAUGAAUCUAGAGGGGUGGACUCUGCCCAUUCAUUGAGUAUCCCCGGUCUAAAUUCAUUCAGUAAAGUCACAUUAAACCUGCCGUGUGGGAAAUAGCGUCACUCGAUGAAGCCGCUUCAGGGAAGCUGGUCUGUCUUCAGCAGGCAGCGAUUCAGCGUCUCAUCCAGAAUGUUAAAUGUCAGUCACCUUGUCUGUAUUCUAAUCUAAUCACAUCUUUUGUAUAGAUGCUCUUGGGAGCCUUUUCUCUCCAUGUUAUUAUUCAAGUGUUGGUUUUCAGGCUUUUUUGUGUUGAUGUGAAUGUCAAAGGCAUAACUAUGAUGUGUGUGCGUGUAUCUUUUUUAAAAAGUGUUUUAUUCUGAAAGGUUCUGUGUAGUCAAUCCUGGGGGUUUAAUGGUUUGUGCACCAUUUUACUCAACUUUAAAAACUCGUAUGUUAUAAAAAGGCAAUUUGUCAGAUUACAUAAUAAUUUCUUAAUCUUGGGCUAAAGUAUUUUUUGCAAGCAUAUCCUCUUAAGAAUAGCAGUGUUUCCUUCUCCUUUUGUGGACUGGAUUAUUGAGACACUUUCUCAGUCACUCGUAUGUGUGUGUAUAGUUUGUAUGUGAAUGAACUGAUGGAUAGAGCAGAGUCUGAUGUAGGCUGAAUUUAGGUUACCCAAAAAAGGCAAGCAGCUAAUAACAUGGACAAGUUGUCAAGAUGUGGGAACUUGGCGACCACUUCAGAUUGAUUGAGUAGAAAAUUAAUUGGGGGCUCUAUUUGAAAUUCACCAAAAGCAAAACCAACAUCCUUAGAGAAAUAUUUUUCAUAAGCUAUGGAAAAUAUACGCUUUGCUGUUCUUUGGAAAAUAUCCAAGUAAUCAGAAGAAAAAAUUCCUUUAGUGUCUGGCAGAUGAAAAAAAAUAAUUAAAUCUUAUUUGAAUUUGCAACUUUAUAUGGAGCCUUGGUGGGUCUAAAUAAGCUAAUUAGCCUAAACACUGGAUUUUCUAAAAUUACAGGAUCAGAAUGAUUUUCCCCCAACAAACUUAACAGCUCUGCCUAAGAGUUGUUUGACAAUGACCGCUGCUGCCACUUAUUAACCUAGAGCAGGUAGGGCGUUGGUGACUUCCUUCUAAGCACAAAGUGCUAUCUUCACUAAGGUUCACAUUCCUCUAGCCUGUCUUCUCAGGCUCUGUGCACGGCAUUCUCUCCCCUCCCACCUUGAGGACAGUCUUUCUAAAGGAAGGCAUUUGGGUACUAGUAGGGAAGCCAGGUCAGUCAAGUUGGGGAUCAAAAAGAGCUGAUUGGUGGACAUUUUGAAGAGAUUGGGAGAGUUCUCUUAUGAAUGAAGGGAAAUGUCCCUAAUCAGUCCCAUAUAAGAUUUGAGUCCAAAACUGAUCUUCCUGGAAUUGACAUGUUAGUGGGGCCUUGGCAUUAAUUCAUUGGUGCUGAUGCUCGAAUUCUGCAUUGGCUGCAAAAGAGGGUCCAGGCUGAUAAGUUCUGGCCCUCAAUUUAGGUACCAGAGGACUUUCUCUGAGCAAGUAUUCCUGACUAGGAACUUGUUUUUUAAACAUGAGGGUUUUAUAAUUUGUUUAUGAGUUAAGCUUUUCUUAACAAGUCAUUCACUAUUCUUUCCUUUCCCUACAGGUCUUCCCAAGGCCUGUUAUUAACUUUAUUUUUCUGUGGUUCCGGGUUAAAAAGAAACAAAGAUCUCCUCUUUGCUUGUGUUUGAAUGGUUAACAGUCUAUCAACUCUUAACUAUUUUGUUACUAAGUACUUUUCUGGAAUACUAGAAUGAGAGAGAGAGAGAACAUAUAAUGCUAUUGAUCAUUUAAUUCCUACCACUAGUUGAGUAUGUACUUCCUUAACAGUGUGCUGAAAUAGCCCAUUCCAUUUUCCCCUGAACUUAUUAGCACAGUAAUUAGUCUCUAGAAAUCUCGAGUCAGGAUUUUCUGGUGCUAUAUCUGUGCUAGUCUCAGCAGUAGUCCCAUUUAGCGCCAGCUGCUAAGAGAGUUUCAUUCGAAAAUCCAUCUUCCUGGCCCCUUCAUAAAUUCUUUCAAAGAUCAACCAGAAACAAUGAUGCCUUGUCACGGAAGUAGUUAUACAGAGCAGUGAUGAGAAAACCAGCGAGGAAUUAAACUUCGGGGCUGUUGGCAGAAAUUAGCUCCUUGGAGUCCACUCUUUCCCCUUGGAUUAGAUUAGUAGGACAUAAACAGAAAAAAGACUCCAAAGGGUGGCUUGCAAUGUUUUCAUUUGACCAUGCACCAGGGAACAUGCCUUAUUUUCUUCUGUCCAUUCAUCCUCUCCUUGUUGCCCUUGUAAAUUCUUAAGUAGUUACCCUGGUGCAAUUAUGUAUUUUACUCAGACCAUAGCAUUUCUGAGCAAGAGUCACAAAACCUGAGCUUCCCCAUACCAUCUCCUUUUUAUCCUUUGUUUCACUACAUUGUCUGCUUUGUCAGUGUUUGUAUACCUGUAUACACACAGCCUUGGAAUAUUGGAAACAGUUUUGGAGAGGGCCGAGAACUUGGUCUCUUUAUUUUGAACAUUGAAUUUAUGUAUGCAUGAUGUAUUAAAAACUUUUUUUUGUAAAGCAGCUUUUAAAAUCUUACUGUGAAUACACUAUUAUAAUUAUUUUUA